CAGGACACACCAAAUCCAAAUAGCUUGAAGUUUAUUCCAGGAAGGGAAGUGCUGGAGUCGAGGACUAUGGAGUUUUCCACACCAGCUGCAGCCUAUUGCUCACCUUUAGCAAGCUCUCCUGCAGGAUCUUUGCAGGCACAGCUUUGUGCCUUGCAGUAAUAAAUCCAAUGUGAAAGGUUUCUGAGGACAUCACAACGUGUUAGCCGAGCGCUGAAGCUGUAGGAUCUCGUGCCAAGGUGCAUCAGGUUGCAGAGUGAAAUCAAGUGUCACAAAGUGGCAUUUUGUUGUCAUCUAUCUGCAAAUAGACAUUUUCAUCCAGGAUGAUACAUGUGCUGCAGUGUGUGCAGUGGUUGUGUGGAUUGUGGGGAAAACUGUCUGCUCUGUGUGUCACUGAACCCAGAUUAUGGUUUUGACAGUUAUUCCGGAUUGAGGGAGUCAAAAGUGUUUUCUUUGGGCCAGACUUCAUCACCAUCACCAAGGAGAGUGAAGACCUGGAUUGGAACUUACUGAAACCAGAUAUUUAUGCAACCAUAAUGGAUUUCUUUGCCUCUGGCUUACCUGUAGUUACUGAUGAGGCACCUAGGACAGACACAGCUGCUUCAGAAGAAGAUGAUGAAGUUGUACUGAUGAUUAAGGAACUGCUGGAUACAAGAAUCAGGCCCACAGUGCAAGAGGACGGUGGGGAUGUUAUUUACAAAGGCUUUGAGGAUGGGAUCGUGCAGCUGAAGCUGCAGGGGUCGUGCACCAGCUGCCCCAGCUCCAUCAUCACCCUCAAGAACGGGAUUCAGAACAUGCUGCAGUUCUACAUCCCUGAGGUGGAAGGUGUUGAACAGGUUGUUGACGAUGAUGAUGACGUGGAGAAAGAAGCAAAUUCUACUUGAGCUUCGUCAUCUGUGGCCAAAUAACAUUUACCUCCUGGUGUAUGUAAACCAUCUCUGUGCUGAGGAGCAAACAAAUCUGCCUUGUCAGAAAAAUAGCUGUACUUACUGUGAGAAUGUACCAUCAGUUCAAGCAGUUCAGCCACUAAUUUAUUAAAUGCACUGUAUUACAAAAAAAUUAUUUUGCUCCACUUUAUGCUAUGUCUUUAGAAAGAAAUGGUGGGCUCAGAAAAUGGUGAUGUGUUUAUUUAUUGUUUUUUCAUACAGAAACUUCAAUACUAAAAAAAGAGAAGGCAGAAGUGCCUUGGCUUUUUUGUGAAAUAGCAAAUUAAAUGUUUAUUCCCCCAACCUGUGGGACUGACGGGAGUCUCUGCCCUUACUCUGUAAAUGGGAGCUCCAAGAAUGUUAAUUUUAUCAAGUCUUGUUAAAAAGCUGCUGAUUCCUAUCAGAUUUUUGUGUGUGAAAGAUAACUUUUCAUUUUGGAGGAUGUAACACUGCUGUGGCUUGUGGAAAAGUUCCCUCCUUGCUCAUUAACACUGCUAACCAUAGCAACAGAAACAAAAAAUGUUUGUUAUAAAAAUCAUAUCUUCUAAAGUAAACGUUAGAAAAGAAUGAUCCUUAUCAGCUUCAGUAAGCAGAGAGACUAAUUAGCCCAUUUAGCAGUCAGAUCGUUCAGCCAGCAUUAGUGCUGGGUUUAAACAUGCAGCAGCUGAUUUCUGGGUGUAGUUCAGCACCAGGAGGAAGGUGCAGUGCUGGAGGGCACGGUUUGCCUGGCCAGGGUGGCAGAGGGAAGGAGGGACUCUGUGUUUGCUCCUGCCACGUCCUGUUUGCUCUCCGGGGGAUGUGGCAGGGCAGUUCCAGUCCUGCACGCCGUGGGAGAGAAGUGCUUGCUGUUGACACUGAAAUACAUAAAUGGGCCUUUGUGUUUA